GAAAUUUUAGAGCAGAUUUACUUUAGCUAUUCACAGUCUACAGUUGGAGCCUACAGGAAUUUGUAAUUCAGGAUUGGCUUUACUGGCAAAUUCCUCAUCACCUACCUUUUUUCUUCUGUACAGCAUCCAACAGGAGACUGCAAGUGUGACACUAAUAUGAGGAAACCUUUAUAUGCCCCAGACCCUGGAGAACAUCAGGGGCCCGUCGGUUGUUGUGUUUAGAGGACUAUGGUCUUCGCGACACUGUAAGGCAAGCGCUCCUGCUAAACCAGCCAGAGCCAGAGCAGCCUCACAGCCAGUCCGAGCCUCCGCCUCCACCGAUGCAACAGCGAUGGAACUGAUGCUCCCAGGUGCUGACAUGGGGUCCCAGAAGGACUCCUUCCCCCUGAGCAGAAGGCAUCACUACCUCCACGUCCGGAGAAAACUGAGGCCCGUAAGGAUUCUAGCUUUCGUCCUCAGCAUCGUGGCCCUCAGCACGGUCUUCUCAUUGGGUGCCUUCCAGCGGACUACUUCUUCUACUGGGCGUGAUGGAAAUGGAGGGGAUCUACUUUCCUCCUCCCCCACUGCUUUGUCCGGGGGAGACCUACUGCAGUCGGCCCCCCGCAGAACACUGCUCACCACCAAGGACCAGGGAGGCCACAACGUCUCUAUGAUGGAGGUCAUGCCCGUGGCCAUGAAGUCUUCCAUGGACGAGGUGAACGCGGGGGACUACCCCACGGAUCUCUUCAACCUGGAGGAGAGAAGGCAGGGGGCCGUGGGUCUGCACAUGUUCGGGAUGUUGUACAUGUUCAUCGCCUUAGCCAUUGUGUGCGACGAGUUCUUUGUCCCGGCCCUGACUGUGAUCACGGAGAAACUACAGAUCUCGGACGACGUUGCCGGGGCAACCUUCAUGGCGGCCGGGGGUUCUGCCCCGGAACUCUUCACCUCCGUUAUCGGGGUGUUCAUCUCCCACAGCAACGUGGGCAUAGGGACCAUUGUGGGUUCGGCCGUGUUCAACAUCCUGUUUGUCAUCGGGAUGUGCGCCCUGUUCUCCAGGGAGAUUCUCCAGUUGACCUGGUGGCCCCUCUUUAGAGACGUCUCCUUCUACAUCAUUGGUCUGUUGAUGCUCAUCCUGUUCUUUUUGGAUAACCAGAUCUUUCUGUGGGAAAGUAUCGCCUUGCUGAUGUGCUACUUGAGUUAUGUGACCUUUAUGAAGUUCAAUGCAGAUGUAGAGACCUUCAUAAAGAGUAAAUUGGGCCAGAAUCAAGUGGAAGAGGUGGAGGCCGCUCCUAAGUUGGGGUCUGAUUCAUUGCUCUCAGAUGUUAUAUACUCAGAGUCACACUCUUACGGAGCACAGAUGAACCCUCGCUGGAUCACGGGGGACGUCGAAAACAAGUUGACGGCCAAGCCCCGUCUCCAGAGAGGAGGAUCAUCAGCCUCCCUCCACAACACCCUGAUGAGGAAUAGCAUCUUCCAGCUCAUGAUCCACACACUGGACCCUCUCAGUGAGGGAGAGGGACUGGGGGGGCGAUUCAAAGAGAAGGCAUCUAUUCUUCACAAGAUGGCCAAACAGAAAUGUCAAGAUUGUGGGGACGGGGAAAAACCCAACGGUGUUGCAGACAAAAGCAUCCCCAACAGUUCCAACGUGACAGUGGAAGUCACUUCGCCUGCGAACGGCGACAUAGGACCGGCUGAGGAGGAGGAGGAGGAAGAUGAGGACGCUCCUCUGAGUUUGGCGUGGCCGGAGACAAACCGCAAACGAAUAACGUAUCUCCUUAUCCUCCCCAUCGUCUUCCCUCUGUGGCUCUCUCUGCCGGAUGUCAGGAGAGAGACUUCCACAAAGUUCUUCCCCAUAACCUUCAUUGGUUCAAUCUGUUGGAUUGCUGCCUUCUCCUACCUCAUGGUAUGGUGGGCUCAUCAGGUUGGAGAGACCUUCUGGAUUACAGAGGAGAUCAUGGGAUUGACCAUAUUAGCAGCUGGUACCUCAAUCCCUGAUCUAAUCACCAGUGUCAUUGUAGCCCGGAAAGGCCUUGGUGACAUGGCUGUGUCCAGCUCUGUGGGCUCCAACAUAUUUGACAUCACCGUGGGCCUGCCGUUCCCUUGGCUCAUCUACGGCCUAAUCAAUGACUUCAAGGCGGUGCAGGUGAGCAGCAACGGCCUGUUCUGCGCCAUCGUGCUCCUCUUCCUCAUGUUGCUCUUCGUCAUCAUCUCCAUCGCCUCCUGCAAGUGGAAGAUGAGCAAGUUGCUGGGAGGCCUCAUGUUUUUACUGUACAUCUUCUUCCUGGUAACCAGCGUCAUGCUGGAAGACAAGAUCAUCGUGUGUCCCAUCUCCAUCUGAAAGGCCCCUCUUCAACCCCGAACCCCCUGGAAACACAAACACACACAUAAGGCACACACAAUCAUAUAAUCCUCCGGUUGUCAAUGGGGGCUUCCGUUGUGAGGAGCAGUAGAAAAAAAACGAGCCUGGCGUGAUUGAUUGAUUUCAAAUGUCUGAGCACAACCUGCAGAUGAUAAUUUGCGAACUUAUUGAGCAGGGCAGACGGACCUGACGAUGAGCGAUUGAUUUCAUGAUGCUACUGCCCAACGGGGUGGGUCUCUCUCCACGUCACAUGACCACAUCGAGAGCUUCGGUUGGUUUGAAUCCGUCGUUGGCUGACAAACAGGCAAUUGUAAUCACGCCUAUGAUGGAGAGUAGGGGACCACGUCUGGUUACUCCAAUCCAGAGGACUAUGUGAUAUGAUUAGAGAAUAUAUUUGAAUUAGUCAGGUAUCAACUGUCCAACUGUUAGUCGGGCUCAAAAACCUUGAUGACUGUAUGAAGUGCAACUCUGGAAAAGGUCCAGCAUUGUCCGAACCAGAAAGUGGAACCUGCCAGAGAAGUGUGGGAAGGUUGCACGGAUCAAGCGGAAGUGUUUUUCUUGAUUUUUGUAAAUGAGUUUUCAGAUGUAUUUAUAUUACAAAUGAUUCAUUGCAAAACCCAAAAGGUUUUUGUUCUCAAAUCAAAAUCUAAAACUUGUACAGUUCUGAUUUUGGUUUAUAACUGGUACAUGGUUGUAUGAACUUGCAAAGUUUGGAAAGGUAAAAGUGUAUAUGAAGAGAAAAUGAUAUUAAUAUGAAGACGGUUGUUUUGUUUGGGACAAUUUUGUUAAGUAAAUAUAAUAUAUUAUUUCUAAUGUUAAUUUAUCUUCUGUUUCGUAACCCCAACCCAUAUUUUCCAAAUUGUUUGACACUUAAUAUUAAGGUGAAUACAGCAAAUCUACUGUACCUAAUGCAUAACAUUUUUAUGUUUGAAAAAGUAACUAUACAAUUAUUUUGGUUAAAGUACUUCCACUUAUUCUAUAUGCAAAUCAGUUGUGGAACAUGACAAAUGUGAAUAGCUAAAAUGGUCGCCAGGUGUGAGAUUCGGCACACACUAUAUUAAAUCCCUUUCGGUGUACAACAACCCCUUUCAAUCAAAUGUAUUUAUAAAGCCCUUUUACAUCAGCAGAUGUCACAAAGUACUAUACAGAAACCCAGACUUAAACCCCAAACAGUGCACAUGUAGAAGCAGAUGUGAAGUGUAAAAACAUCUAAAGUGGGGGUUGUGAACUCUGUACAAAUGAUCAUUUUUCCAUGUUUGAUACCGUUUGUAUGCUUCAGAAUCAUGUAGGCAACAUCUAAAUAUAUACAUUUUUCUACGUUAUUUGUUUGCUUGUUUUCUCGGUAUAAUACAGCAAACAGUAACACGUAUAUCUGAAUAACAUCCAGGUUCUUUUUCUUCACUUGUGAUCAACUGAACAGAAUAGGGGUUGAAGAUUUUAUAUCGACCAAAGCAAAAUAGCAUGUGAAUGAUAUUAUCCGGAUAAUCAAUAGUUCUUCUCUGUAACAAAAUCUAGAUGUUUCUUCUCCACUAUAAGAUCGAUCAUGAAAAAAUGUCAAACUAUUUAGUUGCUGCAGAAUUGUUACUUUACCAUUGCAGUACGGUGCUUACACUGGCAAAGGCAAAGCUUAUCACUGGGAUAUACUAUAUGUGAUGUUUUAACAAUAAUAAUUGAACCAUCCCACACUGAAUAGGCUAAAUAAAUAGGCUGCUAUAUUCACAACUAAAAUAGUGGAUUAUCUUUGUUAAAAGAUUUUCUAUUUAUUACUGUAUCCCCCUUCACUUUUUUUGGUUAAUUUCUCAAAGCCAAUUUCCUCAUUGUCAAUUUGUUUUCUCUCAUGUAUGCAUACAAACAUUUUGUGAGCUGUAAUGUCAACUCACAAUAUGAUCAUUCCAUCUUAUAGUCAGACCAAUAUUGCUUCCACUACUUUAGGGAUCAAUUUGGAUAUCUACAGAACACUGUUAGAUGGGCAGAUAACAUCUUAACUUUAGACAGACACAUUAAAGUGAAGCACUUUUCAUAUCUAGAGUGUGCAAUUUGUUGAUAUUCUUUUUCAAUGGAUCUUAUGCGUGUGUAACAUUUUAAUGUAUGGAUGAGCAGGAAAGAAAAACUGUCAACAUGCAGAACUAUAUGGAUGGUGUGGAAGUCUAUCACAAUACAGAACAAACAAUGAAUGGCCAUGCUUUUAUAUUUCUGUUACAAACCAUAUAUUUAAGUAUGAAUCAUGUAUAUGAAUCAUGUAUAAUAUUGUCAAAAUCAUAUCAGUCAUUCUGUAUAAAAUGUCAUAUGAUAAUAAAUGAAACUUUGU